GUCACGUCAACCUAUCGUCACAAUUGAUACCGAGAGCUGAGAUCCCAAAAGUGCGAGAUUUGAUUUCUAAGCAUUCAGAUCACGAUCUAAUGAAAAAGAUGCGGAAAAUGGCGUACGAGUCAUAUAAGUGCCGAAUAUCUGAAGUGCAGGUCAUUCUGAGUAGUAUCGAGUACUGGGAGCACGACUUGAAAUCAUUGUCCACAGCCAGACAUCUCUUAUAUCCCGUCGAAUUGAAUGUUACAAUUAGUCGCUCUAUAGUACCAAAUGAUCCGCUUUUGCCUAAACUUAAAGUGAAAGGAAAAUUGCCAAAUAUUGAGCUGAAGAUAAGCGAUACACAAUUGACUAAAUUAAUGAAUCUAUUGCUUACUCUUCCGUUUGGAAGUCCAUCAAAACCAGACGACGCGGAAGAAACCGAUGGCUUAAAGGAGAUCCGAACGGUUCCCAGAAAUAUAGCCACAAUUGAAACGUCAAAAUUAAUGACCGAUGCUUUGAAUUAUGUGAAAGAAAGUACGAAUAAAAUUGUCGACACUUUACAAGCGAAAGAAGACAGGGAAGAGUCAACAGAUGGAGAGAAACAGAUCAUCGCUUAUAAGAGUGUUGUGUUUGAUUUUAAACUAAACGAGAUUUUAGUCACUCUUUUUGAAGGCAAUGAGCGGAGCGUUAACUCUGCCGUCGCGACCGCGCAGUUGAUCCGAUUCGACAUCUACGGGGAGGUACUGACCGAUAGCUCGAUGUGGACCACGUGUCAGAUCGGAGAUCUCUGUCUUAAUGAUGUCAGGACUACAAGAAUUUACAAAUCGCUUCAACAAGUAGUGNAUAUAUUGCACUUCAAUUUGUCUCAAGUGAACGUUGUUUUGUUGGAAUCGAUUGAAGUGACGAACGCCACAGCAAUUAUACUCAGCUGUCAUUCAUCCAUACAAUUGAAACAAAAGCCUAAUUUUGUUCAACUGUCGGGCGAUGUGUCGGAGGUAUCGAUGCUUUUGACAAACUAUGACCGAUAUAUUGGCACUAAUGAUAUCGACGCCUAUAUUAUGCGACCGACAACUCUGGCAGUGAACGGCACUAUUAAUGGCGAUACACAUAUGCUCGAUGUCAGCGUCAGUGACAUCCAGUUUUUCAUAUCGCCCCCAAUGGUAAACAUUGUGGUGAAUAUUCUAUCGAAAUUGGGUUCGAGUACUGAUACAACCAAAUCCGAUGAAGUGGUGAAUAUAAAUCCGUCGCAAUUGUUUAGAACGCGAGUCAAUGAUAUGAAAAGUUGGUUCUUGAGCUACAUUCAGGUCGCAGUGGAAGCGACCGAAGAGUUUGAGAGCACCGAAGAAAUGCCGAUAAUCUCUUCCAAACAAGAAGUAUAUCUCAAUAUCAAGAAUAUCAAUGUAAUCGUCGAGUCGGGAGGUCUGGACUCUCAGCCGUUAAUUAAGUUAAACUCAUAUUUUAAUGGAAAACUCAAAAGUUAUAAAUCUCUGACCGCUAACUGCUCUCUAAUCGCCGAUUAUUAUAACGAAAAUAAAUUCUUUUGGGAACCACUUAUUGAACCCAUUGAAGGCAAAUCAAAUCCGUGGGAAUUUGAGAUCAAUGUAUUGCUGGGAGAAAGUGGCAAAAUUGACGUCAAACUGGAAUCUAAUGCACAAUUGGAGUUAACUAUAACUAAGACUUCGCUAUUUGUUUUAAGUUCACUAAACGAAGCGUUCGCUAACGCAUACACUAAACAAUUGCCCGCCAGAGAGGAAUUGACUUCACUAAACGAAGCGUUCGCUAACGCAUACACUAAACAAUUGCCCGCCAGAGAGGACAACAUUGUGAUUGUCCGCAAUCUAUUGGGACUCAAUUUGCGGCUAAUAUUGUCGGGCAGUAGUGUUAAGAGAAAGGAUUCGAGUGAUAAAAGUGGCAAAUCUUCUGAAAGCCAAACGAUUCUCAUUAAAGCUGGUGAAGAGAUGCCAUUAAUUGCAACCGAUCUCAAAGAUAUUGAGCUUAACAUUGGUAUUCAAAUUGAUAGCGAAAGUGAGAUCAAUCGGCGAAUCGCAUGUCACGGACAGACCAUUCGUUGUUAUAAUUUGCCAAAAAAGUCAUAUCCGAGUAAUGAGUUUUGGAAAUGGAUUGUUGACGUGAGAGAUGUGGACGCGUUCACCAAAACAAUCACAUUUAAAUCAAACGCUCAAAUUGUUAAUCAAUUCAAUUCUUCUCUCGAUGUGUAUUGUGUGAAGAGAGGCGAACCAAUUCAUUUGGGUCGCGUUAAACCAUUAUCCAAUCUGGAACUGCCUCUCGAAGCUAUUUAUGGUGAAAAUACUGAACUCAAAGUCAGACCUUCUGUUGAUUACAAGUUUAGCGAUCAGACAAUUGAUUGGCGAAACACAGCCAACACUAUUGACAGAAGAGGUUCCACUAAACUAUGUCUUCCAUUGUGUGAUUCGCCGAAUAAGACAAAGCCUAUGAUUCUGGUGUCUGAGUCCGAGACCAAUGCCAACAAUAAGUUUUAUAUUAAAGUGAAAUGUGAUCAAAAAGAAGUGCACUUCGAAGACACGAACGCACCGAAUGUUGAAUCGCUUUUCUAUCAAAUAAGACUCAUACCAAUCGUUAAACUUAAAAAUCUAUUGCCUUAUCGUAUAAGUUAUGCCACCGAAGGAAUCGAUCAGCUCUUGUCACUCGAAUCGGGCGAAGAAUCGGAUUUGUCUGCCAUAAAACUUGGAGAAACAGGAAUUUCAAUAAGUCUUUGCGAUUAUUUGGAGAGAGACUGGCAUUGCUUUCGAAAGAUCCCAUCGUAUGGACCGGAAAAUGACGUUCACUUAUGGAAGUUCAGCACUUCAGGACACGACAGAUCGCUAUCACUAGAUCUUGCCGUCAAACUCUCAAUCGAAGAAUCUUCGCUUAUAGUCUCACUAUUCGCUCCCUUUUGGAUGAUUAACAGAACGGAUCAACAAUUGGUUUACCGCAUAGACGACGAGACUGUGUUAUAUCACUCGCCAAAUGUGUUGACUCCAGUGCUGCUCUCAUUCAAACCGAAGAGUUUCUUCUGUAAGAAGAAGUUGUGUCUAUCGAUCGGCGAUUCGAGAUUCUCGGACGGCUUCUCGAUCGAUGUGGUCGGCAGUAAAGGCAAUAUAAUCGCCAAAUCAAAGAAUGGAAAAUUCAAUUAUUAUGUGUCGGUUGACAUUCAAUUGUCACGAAUUGGUUUGAGUAAAAUCGUGACAAUAACGCCAUUCUAUUCCAUAAUCAAUGUGUCGUCCAAAGCGUUGAAUGUGUCCGAAGACGACGACGAGUGGUUCCAAGUGGAGAGCCUCUCAACCAAUGCCUUUUGGCCCAAGAAAUCCAAAAAUCAACAAAUAUUCCUUACGUUUGACACGUCGUCUCCCUCUUCGCAACCUCUGUCAAUGUCUGAUUCGUCGUCGACAUUGGUUGCGGUCAACGGUCACUAUCUAUACGUUGACAUUGAUGUCAGCGAAUGGGACGCAACCAUUAAGAUAAACGAUUAUUUCGAUGGCGCGGCGCCCGCUAUGAUAGUGAAUGCGUUGAAUGUCCCGAUUUUGUUUGGCCAGAAACGGGUCACUGUUUGGGCCUCAAAGACUGGCCAACAGAGAUACGUUCACACACUGCCCGCAAACCAUUCAGUGCACUAUACGUGGGAUUUUCCUUCUGGUGACCGAACUCUGAUCUGGAAAUAUGAAUACUCGAUGAAUGCGCCCGAAGUUGAGGAACAGUCUAUUGAUUUGAAAUGCGAUGGUUUAGUGGACGUGAACGGCGUGUUUGUCGUCUCAUUUCUUGAAGGAAAACAACGGGUUUUGUUGUUUACAAACGACUAUCCGUUGGCGACCAAUGCAUUACAGGCCGGAGAGAUAACUAAACCCAAGAUUAAUGUCGAGGUAAUAAUGAAAGGAAUUGGUCUCUCGAUUGUGAAUAAUGAUAGUAAAAAGGAUAUUCUUUACAUCGCUAUCACCAGUUCAGUUUUAUGGGAAUUCAAAGCCACAGAUUCAAAGCGCUAUAAAGCGCUUCCCGUUAAGUCAAUUGAUGCCAUUGAGAGUUCCUAUCAAUCAGUGUUGUUGAACAAAAAAGUUGGACAAAAUGUAGACGUUGUGGACAAUGAGUUGAUGCGAAUAGACUUCACUGACUCCGAGGCUCCCAAACAAAUUUCGCCCAAAAACGGACAAUUAAGACGACUCGCGAACCGAGGAAUUUGGGUAUCGCUCGCACUGUCCGAACAUAUCGUUCAGUUUCACAUGAAAGUGAAUCGCUUGCAAAUCGAUAACCAAAUGCCAGACCAUAUAUUUGAGAUCGUGAUGUGUCCGAUAGCGCCGCCAAAAACCAUUGCCGUCGAACACUUGCCCAAGAGUUUCAUCGAGUUGUCGACAAUCAUCCAAAGACAGGCCACAAUGAAUCGAUUCAAAUACAACACUAUUUUGAUUCAGGAGUUUCUCAUACAAAUCGACAGAGGAUUGUUGUCCGCCAUUCAGGAGUUGACUGAAGUGGCCGUCAAGAAGGAGGAGAACACUAAGUUGAUCGCCAAAGAUGUUAGAGAUAUUCUUCUGACAAAUACAAUCACAGAAUCGUUGCUGUCUUCGCGCAAAAGUUAUUACGAUUACAUCCACUUCUCGCCACUAAAAGUGCACUUGAGUUUCUCAAUGGCCGGCGCUUCGGGCGGACAAUUGCCGUUAGGGCUGGACUUCUUCGUGCGGUCAGCCGGUGUCACACUAACCGAGUUUAACGACGUUAUAUUCAAACUCGACUAUUUUGAACGCAAAAAUUUGUUACUCGAGAAUUCAGAGCUGAUAUCGAUUGUGACCAAUCACUACACCACUCAAGUGCUCAAACAGUUUUAUGUAUUGGUUUUAGGACUUGAUUUGAUUGGAAAUCCCAUGAAACUCGUACUCGGAUUGAAAGAAGGUGUCGGAGACUUUUUCUACGAGCCGUUUCAGGGCAUUAUUCAGGGCCCGGGAGAGUUUGCCGAAGGCCUGUCCAUUGGUGUCAAAUCGUUGGCCUCCAAUGUUGUCGGCGGAGCGGCCGGUGCUUUGGGAAGCAUUACUAAUACUCUGGGCGAAGGCGUGUCGGCGCUUACAAUGGAUGAUAAAUUCAAACGUGAGCGCCGUUCGCGACUCAACCGAAAGGUCGGUUUUGCCGAAGGCGGUAAAAAUUUGCUUAAAGGCGUCUUUUCCGGUGUGACUGGAGUUAUAACACAACCCAUUCAGGGCGCCCGAGAAGAUGGUUUUGAAGAGCUCGUCUACAGUAUAGCAGAGCUU